CGAUUCUAUCACCGUAGCUCCUGCCAGCAUGGACCGCGGACGAAAAGCUAUCCCCACGCUCAACAAGCACACGGACUCCAAGUACUACCAGCGAUGCCAGGAGAUCCACCGCAACAAGCUCUACACGAUCAAGAGCGCCAUCGACAACAGCGAGCCGCACCGCCCAACGCACCUGCGCAAGAACCUCAAGAGGGAGCAGCUGAAAGAAGAGCGCUACGCUGAGAUCGAGCGUGAGAAUCGCAUCCUGCUGGAGAAGAUGUCGACCAUCAUGCAGGGCGAGACGCUGGACAACAAGAACCAGUCCAUCGUGUACUCACACAGUCUGAACAAGGGCCAGCGCAAGCGCGAGUUGCAGAAAAUCACGUCCGAGAACCAGGCGAUUCUGCGUCGCAUCCAGAUGCGCGAGCCCACAUACGACCACGUGCAGUGGGAGGAAGAUGCCAAGAAGAAUGAACGAUACGCCAACAACAUCCGCGAGUACCCACCGAGUGCUAGCCAAGAACAGCUUGCAGAAAUGCGAACGAUGUCUGCGCAUUCGAUGGGCGGGACAGGCAAGGACUACUACUAAACACUGUAGUUUGCAGGAAGUGUGCUUCAGCUCAAAUAAUCUAUUAACCAAAAUUCUGUUUACUU